AUGAAUUAGAGCAACAAAAGUCUCAAUAGUACUAUGACUAGAAUUAAGCAACUGUCAACAGGUCCACCUAUUGAAGUAGUACCAAGCGAGAUCAUAUUUAAAGAUAUAUAGAUUAAUUAGACUUAUGAAAUUACUGUGUUUGUGAGAAACUUAACAUAGACUGCUAGGAGAAUUCGUGUAUUUCAACCUCAUUCUAAUUUCAGAUGCGAUUAUGAAAUGCAAGGGUAUGUGUCUAUUUUAUAAAUUUAUAGCGCCAUAGCAGCAGGACUUUCAAUGAAACUGAUAGUAACAUUUGAAACAGCCAGCUUAGAGUAGUAUUAAGAUAGUUUGAAAAUUGUGUCAGAUGGUAACUAUACAAUUGAUGUGCCUCUUUUUGCCUUCCCUCCUCAGGCUGCGUAUUUUUUAACGUUUAAUUCAUUUUAGUAUAGUAUUUGAGCCAUUUAUAAAUUUGGGAUUUGUUCGUGUAGGAAAAGAGAAAGUAGAUAAUAUAUACUUUAAGAAUGAAGGUCGAUCAACAGGUAAAGUAGAGCUAAAAAUUGAUCGUUUACCUGAUUUCAAAAUAGAUCCAACUUCAUUUAGUUUAGGAGCAGGAUAAGAAUAUGCGGUUAAGGUAUUUUAUAAACCUAAAGAUGCUGGUAUCUUUAGGGGUUUAGUAGAAGUAAUUGCAGAUGGUUAAAGUCUUCAAAAAACAAUUGACAUCAAUGCAACAUCAAUAGAAUUUACUCGUUUUCUUAUUGACGAUACUGGAGUUCAAAAUAAUUUCUUUGAUUUUGGUUAGAUUUACUAUGGAUAAUUUAAGCAAAUUGAAACGUAUUUGGUAAAUAAUACUCCUAAAUAACAAAAAUUUAAGGUGAAACUCAAAAAAGGUUUGCAUUAAUAAGAAGAUGCACUUAAAUUGUAGACACCAGCAGAAUUAGGUCUUGAACAAACAGAAAGAAUUAUGGAAUGUUAUCCAGAGGAAGGUGUUUUGGAAAGCUAUUCAUAAAUUGAAAUAGUUUUUAAAUGUAAACCUAAGGUUUCAGAAGAACAAUAAGUAUGGACAAGAUCAUUUGCAUUGUCUCCUGAUCAAUUAAAACCAGAUUAUGAUGAAUAUCAUUAUUCUGCAAUUUUUGAUUUUUAAGAUAAUGAACCAUUGAUGAAUCAUUUAUAGGUAAGAUGUAUUUGUCCUACAAUAAAAUUUCCACCAACUCCUAUUUUAUAAUUUGGAUUGUGUCCUGCUAACUAAAGUAAAGAAAUUGUUUUUGAAGUUACUAAUAAAUAGACAGAUUUGCCAAUUUAAAUUCAUUGGCCUGUAGUGCCUUAUUUCUAAGUUAAUCCAUCAUUAUCAAUUUUGUAACCUGAAGAGAAAUAAAAUUUUUGGGUUAGUUUCAAACCAAAGCACACUGGAAAUUUCACUACUGUUAUUAAUGCUGAAUUGCUUGGAGGAAUAUUCAAAAUUCCUGUUAGAUUAGCAGGAGUGAGUUAAUAAUUUACAAAUAAAUAAUAAGUUAAAAGGGGACCUGAAUCACUUCCUGAGGAUUUUGAAAUGAAACAUACAAUAACCAAAGAAUAAAGUAUUAGCAAUAUUAAAUCUAUUGAAAAAGUUUAAACUUUAGAUAUUUCCCAAUCAGUUUAAUCUUUGGUUCAAUAAGGAAUUUCAUUAGAUAAAAUUGAAGAAUUAAAACAAAAGUCAUUAAAUAAAGAAAUAUAUAAUGAAUAUUUAAAAAUGCAUAGAGAAUAAAGGCUUAAGAAAGUCAAGGAUAAAAAAAUUAAACAAAAAUUUACUUAGAUGAAUGAACGUUUAAAGGAAAUCAAAUAAGAAACUGUAAAACCUGUAGGUGCUACUAAGAAAUAAGAAUAAGAAGAAGAACCUAAACCAGAACCUCCAAUUGAUUAUGAAUUUGCAGUUGGAAUGUAAGAUGAUGGAUACGAACAAGAAUUGCCAUUGCCAGAAGCAAAUGAGACUCUUUUUGUAACUAAACCAAUAUUUCAUUAUGAACCACUUAAUUAAAAUUAAUUAAAGGAAGGGAAACAACUUAAACCUUUUGAACCUGACCUUAAAAAUAUUUAAAAAAAGAAAUUCCCUUUUGAACCUAAGACUCAUAGUGAAAUUAGAGAUACAAGUGCUGAAUUAAAUGCUGAUUAAUUAUAGAAAAUAUAAGCUGGACCUGUUAAAAUAGAAUUUGGAAAUGUUUAUAUCAAAAGUACUGUAAUAAAAUACUUUUAUGUGAGAAAUGAUCUUAGAAAUUCUAUAAGUGUUAGAUUGCAUACUGACAAAGAAGAUUUUAAUUAAUCAUAUAUCAAGCCAUAAAUCAUUCCAAGUGGUUAAACUGCUUAAUUUGAUGUGAUUCUUUGCUCAAAAUAAUUAGGAUAGAUAAAAACACAUCUAAAAUAUGUAAUAAAUGAGAAUCAUAUUUUUGAAUUUCUUGUUUAAGCAAAUAUUGAAAGAGUCUUCUUAGAAAUGAAUAGAACUCAAAUUAAAUUUGCAUUUAAUGAAGAUAAUAAUGAAAUGGAAACUGCUGAAAUAGUUCGCUUAACAAAUAAUGGAAAUGCAGAAGCCAAAUUUAAAUGGAUAACAACUGAAAAAAAGAUUUUUUAUGUCCAACCUGAAUCUGGAGUUGUACCAAGUGGCAAAUACCUAGAAUGUUAAGUUAUUUACAAACCAAGUUAGUUAUAGCCUUUACCAGAGGUGAAAUAGCCUAUUGGCUCAUAGCAAUAACAGUAGCAAUAAUAAGACAAAAAUAAUUAAGGUUAACAAUAAUAAUAAUAACAAUAAUAAUAAUAAUAGUAAUAAUAAUAAUAACAAUAAUAAUAAUAGUAAUAAUAAUAAUAAUCAUAAUCUAUAUUAUCUUAAUAACAGGCAACUAUUGCAACUAUUAGGAAUGAGGAAGAAAAAUUAUUAUUAAAAACAGAAGAUGGAUUGGAUUAGACUAUUAAAUGCAUGGGAGUAGUUUCUGAACCUAAAUGUGCUAUAAAAUAAGCUGUCAUUGAUUUUAAGGAAAUCGUUGUUUGUAAGUAAGAAACAAAGGUCUUAACCCUAAAGAAUCUAUCUAAAAGUUCUGCAGUGUUUUAGGUUUAAACAUCAAAGCUUCCAGAAGGAAUUGAAGUUUAUCCUAUCAAAGGAAGAAUAAGUUCAGAAGACUCGAGAGAUUUAUAAGUAAAAUUCCUUUCUAAGGAUGAAAGAAUAAUUAAAGGAGAAAUUAUAAUUUUGAUUAGAGGAGGAAAACAACUACAAGUACCUGUAAUAGGCUCAGCAAUAAUACCUAAAAUUGAAAUUCUGGAGGAAGAGUUUGAUUUUGGUAAUAUAACUACUUUAGGAACAAGUAAUUAGUUAACUAUGACUAUGGUUAAUAAUUCAACUAUUCCUGUUGAUUUGGUUUUGGAUUUAAGACAUUAGAGCGAGAAUCCAAAAGCACCUGAUGGAAUUGAUUGUUUAGAAGUAAAACCAUAGGAUGAAGAUGAUACAAUUUUACAUUCUAUUCAUCCUGAGAAUGAAGAUGAACCUGCUCCAAAAUUGGAUGAAUCGUUAGAUAAUCAAUCUGAAAAAUCUGAAUAAAUUGAUUUGGAAACUAAGGAAUAUAGAUCAUAUAACUUAACAAUCUUACCUGGUAAAACAUAAGUUUUCUUGAUGAAAUUUUCUCCUAAAGAUGUAAAACAUUAUCAAUUUGAUAUGCCAAUUACAUUAGCAAGAUUUAAUUAGAAUUUACCUUCAUUAACUAGAAGAGUAUCUUGUAAAGGUCUUAAACCUAAAUUUUUAGUUGAACCUCAAUCAAUAGAAUUUAAAAAAAAAAUAAUCACAUCCCCUGAUAAAUGUUAUCCUACUGUAGAAGAGAUUAAAUUAUCAAAUCCAGAUAGAAAGGAUGUGAAAUGGCGUAUUGAUACAACACCAUUAAAAAUAGAAAAGAUAUUUACAAUAGAACCUAGUGAAGGAAUAGUUGGUUCUGGACAAUAAGUAAGAAUUAGAGUUAAAUUUAAUCCAUAUGGACCUGGAGUAUUUUAAUCAACUGUUUCACUCUAUAUUGAAUCAGAUCCUGAUAUACCAAAGACAUUGCCAUAUGUUGAUUUACUUAUUUAAGGAUCAGGUGCAUAUCCUAGAUUAUUAUUUGAUAAAAAAGAAGUUAUAUUACCAGUAGUACCUCUGAAUGUAGUUUCAAAAUGUUCAUUCAAAAUAAUUAAUGAUGGUUAUGAGAAUUUGAAUUUAAAACAUAAUUGGUCAAGUGAGACGAGUAACUUUAAUUUAGAACUAAAAUUUCCUGAAGGACAAACAUUAGGAGUUGCUAAAAGUAAAUUAAAAGUGGAUGUUUAUUUUUCUCAUAAAAAACCAAUUUCAUUUACUACAAGAGCAGAAUUCUAAGAUGAAGGGAGAGUGUAUUCUAUAUAUGUUUCUGGAACUACAGAUAAUUGUUUAUUAACAAAUUAAAUAUACUUGUAAAGAAUACAAAAGUAUUAAAUGAUAGCAGAGGAAAAAAAACCAUUGAUGUUUUAAGAAGAUGAUGGAGCUGAUAGUGAUAAUGAAAAAAUGAAAAGAAAUCAUACAAUGUCUGUAAAGAGUACAACUAGUUCAAAAGGAACUUCUCAUUUAGGUUAUAGACCUUUAGAUGCAGAAACCUAGAAUGAAGCUUGUGAUUAUAUAAUGAGAUGGAUGAAUUAUCAUGUUCUUACUUAACCUAUUAACAAAUUUCCAGAAGAUAUUGUUACUAGUUUUGGAUAACAAAUAUUUGAAUUAUUGACAUUUUUAACAGGCAAAGCCAAUUUCUAAUAUAAAGCAUAGAUUGAUUAAAAUUGGAAGAGAUAACAAAAAGCAGAAGCUUAAUUUAAAUAAUAUGAUGAACUAGUAAGACAAUUAAAAAUAGAAGGAGCCCUUCUAAAUCAUAUUAGAUCAGAAUACUUAUUAGGACAUAAUGAUUAUAAUGCUUGGUUAAAAACAGUGCCUAAAGAGAAAUAUGAAUUUGUACCAGAUAAUAGACUAUAAUUAAGUUAAGCUAAAUACAACUAUUUACAUUAUGAUGCAUGGAUUUCAACAUUCUAUUAAAUUAUAAAAAUAUAUUAUUUAAAUAGAAUAACUGCAAAAUCAUUUAAAUAAUUACCAGGAAUUCCAGCCGAAAGAUUGAAUAUACCAGAUUAUUAUUUAGAUGGAUCUAAUGUAAUAUCUCAUGCUGAAGGUGUUAUUCUUUGGUUUUAUGAGGUUUGUUAUGAACAACAACAUACAGGUUAGAUUAGAAGGAUAAGUAAUUUUGCAUCUGAAUUCAGGGAUAGCUUACUUAUAGCUGAUGCUGUAACUUAAUUUAUAGGUCCUAGUAUGUAGAAGUUUUUUAGUAAUUUAAGAACUAAUAUGUAAAGUGAGGAUGAUUAUAGACAUAAUGCAGAUAAAUUAAUGCCAGCUUUAAGUGAUUAUGGUUUAUAAUCACAUGUUCAAGCCAGAGACAUCUACCAUAAACCUUACCCAAGAGAAAUGUUAAUGAUGUUAGUAUAAUUAUUUUUUUCACUUCCUCAUUAUGUACCUUAGAAGGAACCCAUUAUUUUCUAAUGUAUAUUGGGAGAAGAAGUAAUCAAAUCAAUUGAAUUAAGAAAUCCAACUCCAAAACCAAUUAGUUAUUUUGUUAAAUAUGAGGGUCAUCCUGACUUUUAAUUAGAAGGUGAUGAAAGUAUUAAAAUUGAACCAGACAUACCUUAUAAUUAUAAAGUUAAAUUCACUUCUCGUAUAUCUCUUCCUGUUACUGGAAGAGUUAUUUUUACAAACAAAAAAGAAACAAAUGUAUAGGCAGCAGCAUUAGUAUUUGAUUUAAAAAGUAAUAUUACAGGAAGGAAGUCUGAAAAAUAAUGGAAUGUCAGUUCAAUCCUAUAUGAGAUAUUUGACUUUUAGAUUUAAAUUACUAAUAAGUUUCCUUAAGAUGGAGAAUUUUAGAUAUAAGUAUUACAUGAAAAAAAGUAAAUAGAACAAAGGGGAAAAAAGAAGAAAGCUCCUCCAAUAAAAGAUGCUCCUCCUGAAGAAGAAUUCCCUUCAUUUUUCUGUACAAUUGAUAGACAAAGAAUUAGAAAGAAUUAAACUAUAAAUUUUUCAUUGACAUAUAUUCCAUUAACUAUAGAUACACAUAAAUGCUCACUUAUAUUUACAGAUCCAAAUGUAGGUGAAUUUCAACAUGAUUUAUAAGGAACUGUUGAAUUACCUAAUAUUAUUGGAGAAUUCAAACCAGACAAAUCAUUGUAUGUUGAUAGUGUUUAAACUAUUUCAUAUACAAUUCCAUUUAGAAAUGAAUAAUUGGCUCGUGCUCGUAAUUAAAUUCAAUAAUUGGUUUAGAUGAAAUAAAAAGAUAGAUAUUUAAAAGGUGAUAAAUAGGCUUCAACUUUAACAGCAUCUAAGCUUAAUUUUCCAGGCUCUAAUUUAGAUAUCAUAACAUUUGAAGUAGAAAUUUAUCCAUAAACACAAUACUUAAGUCUUCCUCCUACACUAUAAAUAACUGAUUUAAAUAAAUAAACAAAGAAGCCAGGAACUGAGAAUAUUGAUUGUAAACUACCAAUUUUAUAUGCAUUCAAAAAUGCUACAAAAGAUUUUAGUGUCAUCUUAACUUUAAAAAAUAAAUUUGAUAUUAGAAGAUAUAAAUUAUCAGCUAUAGUAUUACCUAAAAUUGUUAAAGCUAUGUUAGAAUUUAGAGUUCCUGCAAGAUAAUCUGUAACACAAGAAAUACCUAUAGUAAAUCAAACAGAUAGGGAUUGGUAAAUAAAAGUUUAAUUAACAGAAUCUAAAGGGCUAUUCUCUUGUCCUUAAAGAGAUUUCUUUGUUAAAAGAAAAGGCACUAGCAAUUUCCCUAUUUCUUUUAGUCCAUCUUGGUUAUAAGAGAGUGAAGCUAAAUUAGUUUUAACAAAUCCAAUAACUAAUGAUGUUUUUGAAUAUGAUCUAAAAGGUUAUGGAGAAGAACCAGUAGCAGAAGAACAUAUAAUACUGAAUUGUUAGGCAAGGAAAGUAACUAAGAAAGAAAUUGAAUUGAAGAAUCCAACAGAUAAAUUAAUUACAUAUGCUGUAGAAACUGAUUUAAUCUAUGCAACAGGACCAUCAUAAAUAGUUGUUUAACCAUAAAAGAAAGCCACUUAUGUUUUAUAAGUAUAGCCAGUUUUAAGUGGUUAAUAUACAGGUUCAAUAACAUUUACAGAUGAAUAAGGACAUUAUCUAUGGUACACAGUAUUCAUGAAUACUGAAUCUCCAAAAUCAGUUUAAACUCUUGAAGUUUCUUGUUUAAUUAGAUAAGCUACAGUUAUUCAAUUAACACUUGCUAAUCCUCUUUCAGAAACUGCAAUUUAUGAAGUUAUGAUAAAUGGGGAAGGUUUAAUUGGUGAAGAAUAAUUUGCUAUUGGUGCUAGAAAAGAAGCUGCAUAUGAAUUAACCUUUGCUCCAUUAAAAAUUGGUAGAUGGAGAGGUAGUGUUGCAUUUGUUAAUAGAUUAUUGGGUGAAGUAUGGUAUGAAUUCAUUCUCACAAGUGAAGAUUAACCAAUUGUUAGAUUGAAUGUAUUAAAAGCCUCAUUAGGUAAAGUUGAAUAAUAAGUUGUUGUUCUUGAAAAUCCUUCUGAUUAAAAAAUCCAAGUCUAAUGUAGAAUAACUAAUCCUACUAAUUUUGAUAUAUAUCCUGAUUAACUUUAAAUAUAACCUUAUGAUUCUUUAAAAGUUGCUUUGAGAUACACUCCAUCUUCAUUAGAUAUCAUUGAAUAAUCAGAUAUUAUUUUUACUUCACCAAUAGGUAAAUGGCAUUAUUUAGUUUUUGGAAGUGGAUUACCUCCUACUAAAUUCCCAGCAACUACUGUUAGUAUUGGAUUAAAUAAAGAUUAUAGUUCAGUUAUUCAUUUUAAAAAUCCAUUUAAAGAACCUAUUUAGGUUUCUAUUUCAUUAGAUGCCGAAGGUCACAAUCAAGAAGUUUUUAAGUUAUUGCUUGUUAGAAAUCAAAAGAAUGAUAAAACUCUAGUUCCAGGAAUGAAUGUCCUUUAAGUACCUUUCUCAUUUGUUCCAAGAGAAAUUACAAGUUAUUAUUGUGAAGUUGUAAUUUCUAUGAAUGAGAAGAUUUAAUGGCAUUUCCCUGUUAAAGGAGUUACUGAAUCUGUUUCUACUUAAACUCUAUUCCACUUCAAAGCUAAAUGCAGAGAAAAAUGGGAAGAUGAAAUAAAAGUUGGUUUAUAAGGAAUUGCAUAGAGUUUGUAAGCAGAUGAUAAAUUUGAUUAUGAAUUAGGUGGAAUGCCUUUAGAUUUAUAAACCAUGAUUUAGAAAUGCUUUACUAUUAAGUGUCUAAAAAAUCAUCUUGAUAGUCCUCAUGAUAAUUUACUCUAUUUUGUAAGAUUUCAACCAAUGAAACCAUUUAAGACUUCAAUGGAAUUUAUAGUACUGAGAUAAUCAGGAGGAAGAUGGAAAUAUAAAAUAUAGCUUGAAGCUACUGAACCAGAAGAAGAUGAUACAAUUUUAAUUAGUUCUCCUCUAAAUAAAACAACUAGUGUCUCAUUUAAAUUAACUAAUAAAACAAAAAACUAUAGUAAAUUCACAGCAGCCUUUUCUCCUGAAUCAGAUGCUGAAUUUUCAGUUAUCCCAAAAAUUGGAGAUCUAGAGCCUUAUGGAAGAGAAGGGACAACAUUUAUUAUUAGUUUUACACCAGUUGAAUAUGGUAAGAUUAGAAAAGGUAAAUUAAUAAUUUAGACAGAGGAUAUGUAUUGGUAAUUAAUUUUAAUAAAAUUUUAGGUCAUAUUCUAUUAAAGGUGUCUUACCAAGAUAUAUUCCUCCUUAAAUUAAGUAAUCAUUAGUUGAUAAUAAAUAAUAAUAAUCUUAAGUUCAAAUGUCAAUGACUUUGAGUAGAAACUUUGUUGUGGAUAAUAUAAAGAAGGCAAGACAGUUAUCACCAAAAAGUGCUCGUAAUUAAUUGAGUUUACCAUUAAUUGAAAAAAAGUGA